AUGGUGAAUCCGUUGACGCGGUGCUUGGAGGAUUAUGCGCUGCCGCCGUUCGCGACGCUUCGUGUGUCUGACAUCGUACCGGCCGUGCGCGCAGCCAUCGCGGAAAUGGCGCUGGACGUGAACGCGAUCGAGGACGACUUGUCCGACCCAGACGCGGACAUCUCGUGGGCGACGGUCAUGGACCGACUGAAGAUCAUCGAUGACCCCGUCAAUCGCCUCUGGCGCAUCGUCAUCCACCUUUCUAGUGUAGCCGACUCCCCCGAGCUGCGACUCGCGCAGAGCGAGGUCCAGGCUGAAGUGCUGACGAUUCAGAGUCGACGGGCGCAGAGCGUGCCCGUGUUUCGUGCCAUGCAGCGCCUUCGUGCGAGCCGUGGGUUUCACGAGGAUUUGACAGCAGAGCAGCAGCGCAUCUUGGACCGAGCGAUCCUCGACGCGACUCUGAACGGCGUCGCAUUGAACGACACCGAAAAAGCUAGAUUCAACGACAUUGACGUCAAACUCAAGAGCUGGUACAGUUUGAUUGGCAACCAGUUUAACAGCAAUACAUUGGACGCGACCAAGGCAUUUGCCCACGUCGUACAUGACAAAGCCGCCGUGGCCGGCCUUUCCAAUGCUACGCUCGCCACACUCGCACAGAACGCGGUGGCGGCCGGCUACGACGCGGCUACACCUGCCUCUGGUCCGUGGACGCUGACACUUAACCGGUCCAACUACUCUGCCGUGGUGACGCACUUCACCAACCGAAACCUUCGCCAACUCAUGUACCAGGCCGAGCGGACUGUGGCAACGUCCCCACCAUACGACAACACGCCAAUCAUCCAAGAGAUGCUUCAGCUGCGCCGAGAGCAAGCCGCGCUGCUCGGAUUUGACUCGUUCGCUUCGUUGAGUUUGGAGAGCAAGAUGGCGCCAUCCGCGUCGGCGGUUCAGGAUAUGCUGGACCUUCUACGAGACAAGUGUGUGCCACUCGCCCGAGCCGAGUUGGCUGACUUGGAAGCGUUUGUAAAGGACUUUGCACCAGAC